GCUCCUCCUUCCCGGCAGAGCCUCACCGGAAGAGGAAGGACCUGGGUGGCAGUAGCGAUGGCCCCUCGGCUUUCCCUGGGUCCGUUCUAAACAGAAAUAGACGCCGCGCCUGGGGGUGCUGGAGAUGCUGCUCCUGGCUGGAGUGGGCCUUCGUGCGCCCAGUCUAAGAUUCUGGCUGCAAGGCGCCGGGAGAUGUCGGGCGCUUCUGUUUACGGAGAAGCCGUCUGCCGCCUCGGAGCCGGGCCAGGCGUUGGUGGCUUCCCGAUGCAGGCCGCAAGUCGGUUGGCGUGGAGGCCCGGGAUUCCUCUGUACUAUGGCGGGAAGCAAGCAGGUUCCAUUUCCCCAUGUGAAGUCUCUUUGCUGCUUCAGCACAUCAUCCCUCCGUGAAAAUUGUGAAUAUGGAAGGCUAGUUUAUCAGGGAAAAUUGUCAAAAGCAGUGUUGGGGGUGAAGUUUUUUUCUUACACCACCAGUAUGUUUAGCCUUUGUGUGAUGCCAUCGAUCAUCCUUAAAACUGGUGUGGGUGUUGACAGCCUUCCUUUGCAAAUUAUGUUUUACAGUGUAAUUGGAUUCUUUACAUUUGUAACACCAGUGGCCCUGCAUUUGAUUACAAAGGGCUAUGUCAUUCGGCUGUACCAUAAGGCUGAAACGGACACUUACACAGCCAUUACGUAUAAUGUUAUUUUGGCAGAAAAGAAAACUGUGUUCCAUCAGAAGGAUGUGAAGACUCCAGAUAUCAGCAAAAUGUUCACAACAUUUUAUGCUAAAACAAAAUCAAUGCUUGUUGACCCCAUGCUUUUUCAAUAUCCUCAGGACUAUAUCCAUCUUAUGGGCUAUGACAAACCCUUCAUGUUUGACCUUGAAGAACCAGAAGAAUCCAGUGAAGGGAAAUAGAUAUUUCUGAAUAAAAUAUAUGUGUGCAUGCAGACUAUUCAAAAUUCUUUCAUAGAUUCCAGGGUACAAAAUCCCACAGCAUUUUUUCUUCAUUAAAAAUUCAUAUCCUA